AUUUAUUAUUAUGAUGCAGUACUUAGAGUACUUUACCUAACUAGUUGUAAGCAAAAUGUUGUUUCUAUUAUGUGUGGAACCUUUUUACUUCAGGUACCAUAUUCUUGAAGAUGGAUGUUGCUGGGAAGCCUAGUGGAGCCAAAUUUGAGUGCUUACUUUUCGAUUUGGAUGAUACUCUGUACCCCAUGAGCUCUGGUCUCAACUUGGCCUGCCGGAAGAACAUUGAAGAGUACAUGCUGCAACACUUGCAAAUUGAAGAAAGUGAGGUAUCAAGGAUGUGCCUGGAAUUGUACAGAGAACAUGGGACAACCAUGGCCGGUCUAAAGGCUCUUGGUCACGAAUUUGAUGAUGAUGAGUUUCAUGCAUAUGUCCAUGGAAGACUACCCUAUGAUGCGUUGAAGCCUGAUCUAGUGUUAAGAAACCUUCUCUUAUCUAUGCCACAGAGAAAAAUAAUCUUCACUAACGCUGACAAAGCACAUGCAGCUGAAGUUCUCAGCAGGUUGUGCUUGGAAGAUUGUUUUGAAGGCAUCAUAUGCUUCGAAACUCUUAACCCUCCUCGUCUUCAACCAGUUGAUUUCAUCACUGUACCAGAUGAUGAUGUUAUAGAGCAUGCUCCAGAGUCUACUGCCACUGAUUGCACCGGAAAUAAUCUCAGUCCCAAGUCACCAAUUCUGUGCAAACCCUCUGUUGAAGCAAUUGAAGCUGCUAUUCGUAUAGCAAGUGUUGACCCACAAAAAACUAUUUUCUUUGAUGACAGUGCUCGAAACAUAGCAAGUGGGAAGGCAGCAGGACUUCAUACAGUUAUUGUCGGGAGUUCAGAGCUAGUGCCUGGUGCAGAUUAUGUGCUGCGUAGCAUACAUAACAUCAGAGAAGCAAUACCUGAGAUAUGGGAAGGGGAAGAAGGGCAACAACUAGAGCACUUUAUCCAGUCUACUGCAGUUGAAACAGUGAUCCUUGCAUAGGUGUUCUGCCACCAUGUCACUGUUUCAGUCACCUAUGUCGUGCAAAUUUCAGAAAAAAACGAAGUCUGGCGGUAUCUUGGGGGUAAUGAAGUGAAUUAACGAUACACAAGAAUUGCCUUCAACUUAUUAUAUAAUUUGUAAAGACAAUAGCAAGUACCACAAAUAAUUAACUCCAUGUAGUUUUCUUUUAAAAUUAAAAUAAUAUGUAUGACUUGAGGAAGCCCAACAAUA